AUGGCAUCGUCACCACCGCAUACGGACGCCGAUGACGACAAACGACGAAACAGGCUACAAAAGAAACGCCGCGAUAUUUCGACAUCGACGCCCGAGCUGCCAGAGCGGCUGCAAGAUAGCGAUGAAUCCGAAGCUGAAGAUGGCGCCGAGCUCACCAACGCCAUGACGGUCAACAUGAACCAGAGCAUCUUUGGCCUCAUUGCUGCGGCUGGUUCACGGGUCGACUUCAACAACAGAUUCGACGGCAACUCGAGCGACGAAGAUGAGGGGUUUUCUUCCUCUUCCAAACAACAAGACCUCACACAGACCACAAUACUCAGCUCCCCGGGGCGGUCCAAAUCACGCGGCCACAAGAAGAGAUUCUCGACGCAUAAGCUUUUCAAGUCUAUUGCUGCUCUACCAAAGUUAAAGAGCAGGAAACGCGAGCCCAGCAAGCUUUCGCAAGCAGCUGAUGGAGAUGAUGACCAUGACGAAGAAGACGAUGGCACCAUGUCUCCGCCCGCUGUCACACUCACCACCAACGAGCAUCGCCUGCAGCCUGUCAUGAGCCGCAUGCUCCAGGCGCGAGAAGAGCUGUCGACCCGGCCGAGCUUUGAUGUAGAGAGAGGCUCUGCCGAUCUUUCACAGUCAGACGAUGAAGACCCCUCCACGCAGCUCGCAAAACGCCUAAUGGAAAUCUUUGAGUUUGACGAGCCUGAACACGUUAUCGAAGAGUACCCUUGCUGGCUGCUGCAGAGCGUCCUGCUACAGGGAUAUCUAUAUAUUACCGCCAAACACAUUUGCUUCUAUUCAUAUCUUCCUAAGAAAGAAAACACUGUCGUUAAAUCCGGCUACCUUUCAAAAAGCGGCAAACGGAACCCCAAAUACAACCGCUACUGGUUCCGUCUCAAGGGUGACGUCUUAUCCUACUACCACGAAUCGACCAACCUAUACUUUCCGCACGGCCAGAUCGAUCUGCGCUUUGGCAUUUCCGCAACUAUUACCGACCGAGACAAGGAAUGCAUAAACUUUUCCGUUAUCACCAACCAGCGAACAUAUGACUUUAGAGCGGACAGCGCCCCCAGCGCAAAGGAAUGGGUCAGGAGCCUGCAGCGAGUCAUCUUUCGAAGCCACAAUGAUGGCGACAGCGUCAAGAUCUCUUUACCCAUUGAAAACAUCAUCGAUGUAGAAGAUACACAUAUGAUUGAGUUUUCAGAUACUUGCAAGAUCCGCGUCAUUGACAAUGAUGAAACUUACGCCAUUGACGAGUACUUCUUUUCUUUCUUUUCGUUUGGAAAGGAAGCCAUCAACGUCUUGAAGUUGCUUGUCGAAGACACUGCUGGCAGCAAACUUAUCGAACGGGAAGAGAGCGAUAGCCGUCCGACUUCUGCGCAGCCGUCACAUCCUGCCACGCCAAAUAGGAGCGCCAUAAAUGUCGAUUCGAUCCGAAUGCGAGAAUUAUCUGAGAAUGUCAAAGCGACUUUAGCGCCGCUAUCACCGUCGGGAGCCAAUAGUCCACGUGCAAGCGGUGAGCUCUCGCCGUUGGAUGCCUUCCGACACGGUGGAAAGAGUAGCCACGAUAGCCCUAGAGCCAUGUCGAGCGUCAUGCGAGAAAAUAGGCCUCGACGAAGUUUUAGUGGCUCAAGGUCGGGCAGUCGCAGACGGCAUGCCGCUGAUAAACAGACGAAGCUUGAGUCGUCCGAUUCCAACCUGCUGCUCUCGUCACCGGACGAUCCCAGCUGUCUCAGCUUGGCGACGUCAGGCAACGAAGACACUUCUGCAAGUCAGAUCCUCAAGGGCAGUGAUGCCUUCCAGAGCCCAACUAUGCUACAACCGCCGGCAGAGCUGUUGACCGAAACGGCCAUGCCUGUGCGAGAGAAGAGUGGUCGCAUGAAGCAUGCAGCGACUGUCCCAGUGGAUAACCUAGAGGACUCUCAGAGCAGAGAAGCUGUGCCCUCAACACCAACAUUGCAGAGUAUUACUAAAAUGGGUACCUAUCCGUUGCAGAGAGCCGGUGCCUUUGCGGAUUACCUAAACAAGACAAGCAAGCGCAUGAGCUCGCUCCUUGCCACGGAGUCUAUGGGUUACGUGGAAAAGGUGUCGGGCAUGUGGAAGGGUGGUGGCAAGCACUACGAUGAACCCGCCGGUCUUCGGCCCGACGAUGAUGACCUCGAGGUGGACUCGGAUGGCAAAGUUCAGACGUCCAUGGAGCGGUUCCGCGCUCAUUUUGCUCUGCCAGAGACGGAACGAUUGCAAGCCACUUACUUUGGAUACAUUCUUCGCGUUUUGCCCUUGUACGGCAAGAUUUACAUUAGCGACCGAUCAUUUUGCUUCCGCAGUUUGCUGCCCGGUACAAGAACCAAACUCAUUCUACCCUUGAAAGAUAUUGAAAACGCCCACAAGGAAAAAGGCUUUCGUUUUGGAUAUUCUGGCCUCGUGGUUGUUAUCCGUGGCCAUGAGGAACUGUUCUUUGAGUUUAGACUGUCGGAGAUUCGGGACGACUGCACGGUGACCCUGAUUCAGGGCCUGGAGAAGUUCAAGGCUCUGCAAGAUGCCGGCGCGUUUGACGACGAAGACGAUGAAGAAGAGGACGAAUACAUUGCUGAGCGAGACGCUCUCAGGACGGCUCGUCAGGAAGAGUUUCCAGAUCACGAGCUGUCGGAGCAGCAGCCUCCGCCUGGUCUGCCCAACGCCCCUACGAUUCUUAUGGAAGGCGGCGACGCCUCGUUUCUACAGUUUAAGCCAUCGGCGCCGAUGAAGAUUACCUGCUUGACAAUUGGAUCCCGUGGUGACGUUCAGCCAUACAUUGCGCUCUGCAAGGGCCUGAUGGCAGAAGGGCACAAGACACGCAUCGCCACGCAUGCCGAGUUCCAGGACUGGAUUGAGUCUCACGGCAUCGAGUUUGCACGUGUGGAGGGCGAUCCUAGUGAACUGAUGCGCCUGUGUAUCGAAAACGGCACGUUUACGCUCGCCUUUCUCCGCGAAGCCAACUCGACAUUCCGUGGCUGGCUGGAUGAGCUGCUAGACUCGGCGUACACUGCAUGCCAGGGCUCGGAUUUGUUGAUUGAAUCGCCGUCGGCAAUGGCAGGUAUCCAUAUUGCCGAAAAGUUGGGCAUCCCCUACUUCAGAGCAUUUACCAUGCCGUGGACAAGGACAAGAGCGUACCCGCAUGCGUUCAUCAUGCCGGAACACAAGAUGGGUGGUGCGUACAACUACAUGACGUACGUCAUGUUUGACAACAUCUUUUGGAAGGCGACGGCGCAGCAGGUGAACCGAUGGCGCAACAAGACGCUUGGCCUGCCCAACACCAGCCUGGAGAAGAUGCAGCCAAACAAGGUGCCGUUCCUGUACAACUUUAGCCCGAGCGUGGUGGCUCCGCCGCUGGACUUUUCCGACUGGAUCCGCGUGACGGGAUACUGGUUCUUGGAUGAGGGCCAGGAGUACACGCCGCCCAAGGAGCUGCAAGACUUUAUCACCAAGGCGCGCGAAGACGGCAAGAAGAUUGUAUAUGUAGGAUUUGGGUCCAUUAUUGUCAACGACCCAGCCAAGAUGACGCGCGAGGUGAUUGAUGCGGUGCAGCGAGCCGACGUACGCUGCAUCCUGUCCAAGGGAUGGUCUGACCGACUGAAUCCCAAGGACGACCCGUCCAAGCCGAAGCCUGAGGAGCCUGAGAUGCCUCCUGAGAUUCACGUCAUCAAGUCGGCACCGCACGACUGGCUGUUUAAGCAGAUUGAUGCGGCGGCUCACCACGGCGGCUCUGGAACGACAGGUGCCAGUUUAAGGGCUGGUCUUCCCACCAUCAUCCGACCGUUCUUUGGCGACCAAUACUUCUUUGCGAGUCGCGUAGAGGAUCUGGGUGUGGGCGUGUGGGUGAAGAAAUGGGGCACCAACAGCUUUGGACGAGCGCUGUGGGAGGUGACGAGAAACGAGCGUAUGAUUACAAAGGCGCGUGUUUUGGGCGAGGAGAUUCGCAAGGAUAAUGGCGUGGAUGUGGCGAUUCAGUCUAUUUACCGGGACAUGGAGUAUGCAAGAAGUCUAAUUAAACGCAAGACGGGCCGCCGUGCUGGCGAGGCUGAGGACGCAGAUGACGAAGAGGAGGCCGAGGAGAGUUGGACAUUUGUCGGAGGAGACGAGCCUGACCCGGAUGUGGUGACCAAGAAGUUGAGUGAGGGUUUGGGCAAGUCGCUGGGCAGCCAGGUGUUGGCCCGAUAA